AUGGAGAAGAAGUUAAGGGUAAAGAAGAAAGUAUGGAUGGGGAAGAAGUUUGGGAUGGAGAAGAAGUUUGGGAUGGAGGAGAAGAUUGGAAUGGAGGAGAAGAACCGAAGUAUGGAGAAGAAAUUAAGGAAGAAGAAGUUUAGGAAGGAGACGAAGUCAAGGAAGAAGAAGUUUUGGAUGGAGAAGAAGUUAAGGAUAAAGAAGAAAGAAGCAGAAGAAGUUAAGGAGGAUGGAGAAAAAGUUAGGGAAGGAGAAAAAGUUAAGAAUGAAGAACAAGUUAGGGAAGGAGAAGAAGUUAAGGAUGGAGAACAAGUUAGGGAAGGAGAAAUAGUAGUUAAGGAUGGAGAAGUAGUUUGGGAUGGGGAAGAAGUGAAGGAAGGAGAAGAAGAAGAAGUUUUGGAUGGAGAAGAAGUUAAGGGUAAAGAAGAAAGUAUGGAUGGGGAGAAGUUUGGGAUGAAGAAGAAGUUUGGGAUGGAGAAGAAGUUUGGCAUGGAGGAGAAGUUUGGAAUGGAGGAGAAGAACCGAAGUAUGGAGAAGAAAUUAAGGAAGAAGAAGUUUAGGAAGGAGACGAAGUCAAGGAAGAAGAUGUUUUGGAUGGAGAAGAAGUUAAGGAUAAAGAAGAAAAAUGAAGUUAAGGAAGCAGAAGAAGUUAAGGAGGAUGGAGAAGAAGUUAGGGAAGGAGAAAAAGUUAAGAAUGAAGAACAAGUUAGGGAAGGAGAAGAAGUUAAGGAUGGAGAACAAGUUAGGGAAGGAAAAGAAGAAGUUAAGGAUGGAGAAGUAGUUUGGGAUGGGGAAGAAGUGAAGGAAGGAGAAGAAGUUAAGGAAGAAGUAGAAGAAGAAGUUUUGGAUGGAGAAGAAGUUAAGGGUAAUGAAGAAAGUAUGGAUAGGGAAGAAGUUUGGGAUGAAGAAUAA